AUGUUCGAAAAACUGAAACGAAAAAAAAUUCUUGUAAUAUCAGUAUGCCUGUUUUUAAUUCUCAUCAUUGAAUUAUAUCCUUCUCAUAUUAAUGUUUCAAACAAUAAUGAAAAUUAUUUUAUUGGUGCUAAUGCAAUAAUUGAUGCUUUAAAACAGGCAGAAAGUCUUGAAGCUGAACUUGAGCAAAGAUAUCAAUUAACUGCUAUUAUACUUCAUUGGAAACGUUUAUCACAGGUACAACUAACAGUUCAAUACUAUCUUAAUACAAGUUUUUUCAAAGAAAUUAUUGUUUGGAAUAACAAUCCACAAAUUAAUCUUACUCUUAAUAAAAUUCUGACAAAUAAUCAAUCAUCCAACUUGGUUCGUAUUAUAAAUUCUAAAUAUAAUUUGAAAGAUGAAGCAAAAUAUCGAGCAUGUGUUGAAGCUAAAACACUUGUUUGUUUUUAUGCUGAUGAUGAUUGGGAUGUAUCUCAUUAUAUGAACACACUUAUUGCUAGUUUUCGAUCUGACCCAAAUGUUUUACAUACAGCGACAAAUGUAGCCACAUAUUAUAACAAUAUGUUAUGGACAUUUAUGGAUUCUCGAAUUGAUUUACAUACAGGAUUUUCAUGGAUCGGAAGUGGAAGUAUAUUUUUACGUGAACAUGCUCGACGACAUCUUCAAUUACUUACAAUGAAUUUAAAAACUAAUCAAGAAUUAUUUGCAUUUAGUGAUUUAUUUUUUUCCAUUUGGCUCAAUGAUAUUCCAUCACAAAUGUUAGUAAAUCUCCGUUCAUUAUCAAUGAAUGUUAAUAAGACUGAUACACCAUUUUCAUCUACAAAUGAGUUUUAUGAUUUCCAAAAAGCAAGUUCAGUUCUUGCUAUCCGUAAACUUGAAUAUUCAUUGCGAUUAAACCAAUCAACGAUGACUGUUAGUUUUCCUCGACAACAGUAUCGUCGAUUUCCAUAUUGUGUUAAAUCACCUAGUCUAAAAGAUGAUUUUAUAUUCUACAGCAAUGUUUUACCUAUUGAUAUUGAACAUAUUCCAUUUGAUAUUACACGAGACGCAAAGAGAGCAACAUAUAUAAAUGUUCCUAGUGGUCCAAAUUACAUACAUUUCAUCAAUUAUAAUACAUUGAAAGCAGUUGAUAAUGAUAGAACAACAUGUUGGCGUCCAAAAGGGUUGGUAAAAAAGGGCGACUUUUUCGCUAUUGACUUUUUAUAUAUACAAACUAAUAUUAUAUUUUCACUGAUUAUUGGACAUAGUCAGAAAGUACAAAGUAGUCUUAAUAUACAAAUAUCAUUUGAUGGCAUGUGGUGGAUAUCACAUCAGUCGCUCAAGGACACUGUUAUUGAUGUCAAUCAAAAUUCCACUGCAAAAUUUCAACGAUUAGUCAUCGAUUCAAGACAAUUUUCUCCUGAAUUACAAUCGUUUCGUUAUAUUGCAUUCAAUGCAACGCAUGCUUUGAAUGAAACAUUUCAACCAAGUGAAUAUGGUGCUUUUAAUCGUGAUGAUGGUAAUCAGGUGUUUAUCAAUUAUAUACAAGGAAAUAUUCAAUUACGAUCAAUGCAUUCUUUUGAUGAUAAAUAUACAACUUAUACAUAUACUUUGUCGUACUUGUAA